GUGUGUGUGUGUGUGUGUGUUUCAGGAGUGGCAGGGGGUUUAUUAUGCCAAAAAGAAGAACGGAGACAGUGUGCAGCAGAAUGUGAAGAUGACGCCUGUCGUUGGACAGGGAGGUAAAAUCAGGCACUGUGUGUCUGUUAACAGGCCUUUAAACGACCAUAACAAGACAGAAAAGUCCUGUGAGCGAGUCCAGGCCGAAUCACAGACAGAUAUUCAGCAGUCCAGCAAGCAUAAGGACCGAAGGAAAGGAUCGCUGGACGUUCGCUCGACGACCUCUAGAGGAAGUGAUGGAAGUUCUCAGAGGAGAUACUCGUCUAUGGCCAGAAUCCACUCCAUGACUAUUGAAGCUCCCAUCACUAAGGUGAUAAACAUCAUCAACGCGGCUCAGGAGAGUAGUCCGAUGCCGGUGGCCGAAGCGCUGGACCGUGUGCUGGAGAUCCUGCGGACGACAGAGUUAUACUCUCCUCAGUUCGGUACUAAAGAGGAAGAUCCUCACACAAAUGACCUGGUGGGCGGAUUGAUGACUGACGGACUGCGCAGGCUAUCAGGAAACGAGUACAUCUUAGCUACAAAACAGCUGCACCACAUCCCAAGUCACCUGACCACACCACUGUCCCUCAACGAUAUCCCACCAUGCAUUGCUCAGACGAUGGAAAAUGAAGACUCAUGGGACUUUGAUAUUUUCAACCUGGAGUCAGCCACCAUGAAGCGGCCUUUAACGUAUCUGGGUCUGAAGGUCUUCUCUCGGUUCGGUGUCUGUGAGUUCCUGAGCUGUCCGGAGGCGACGCUGCGCUCCUGGCUGCAGAGCAUUGAGACCAAUUAUCACUCCAGCAACUCCUACCACAACUCCACACACGCCGCAGACGUGCUCCACGCCACCGCAUACUUCCUGCGCAAGGAGCGCGUCAAGCAAAGUCUGGACCCCAUAGACGAGGUGGCGGCUCUGAUCGCGGCUGCCGUGCAUGAUGUCGAUCAUCCUGGACGGACAAACUCCUUCCUGUGUAACGCAGGAAGUGAACUGGCCAUUCUGUACAACGACACAGCCGUGCUGGAGAGUCACCACGCCGCGCUGGCCUUCCAGAUCACCACACGAGACGACAAGUGCAACAUCUUCAAGAACAUGGAGAGGAACGAGUACCGCACGCUCCGGCAGGCCGUCAUAGACAUGGUCCUCGCCACUGAGAUGACCAAACACUUCGAACACGUCAACAAGUUUGUCAACAGCAUCAACAAACCGCUGGCUACACUGGAGGAGAACGGGGGUAAUGGUGAUGAGGACUCGGUGAAGAGCAUCCUGACGGCUCCAGAGAACCGGAUCCUGGUGAAGAGGAUGUUGAUCAAAUGCGCUGAUAUCUCAAACCCAUGCAGACCGCUGGAGCUGUGUAUCGAGUGGGCCGGACGCAUCUCAGAGGAGUAUUUCGCACAGACGGAUGAGGAAAAGCAGCAGGGUCUGCCGGUGGUGAUGCCCGUGUUUGAUCGCAACACCUGCAGCAUUCCCAAAUCCCAGAUCUCCUUCAUCGACUACUUCAUCACUGACAUGUUUGACGCUUGGGACGCGUUUGCUGAUCUGCCCAAUCUAAUGCAGCAUCUGGACAACAACUUCAAAUACUGGAAGAGUUUAGAUGAGAAGAAGCUGCGGAGCCUGCGGCCGCCACCGGAGUGACACACACACACACUCUCACACUCUCACACACUCACACACACACACACACACACACACAC